GUCUAGACUCAAUUAUUCACCAUGAAGUUAGAAUAAAAUAGGAGUUAGGAGUAUUUGAACUUAAAACUUUAAAUCAAAAUGUUGAAACUAACAACAAACGAAAAACCUUUAUCUGUAAAUAACAAUGAAACAGUCCAUGAAAUUUAUUAUUUAAAUGAAAAUGAAAUUUGUGUUCGGCAAACACGUACUUUAAGUGCCUAUCAAUUUGACGAGUCGACAAAAACUUGGAUACAAAAAUGGACGGAAAUAAUAUUUAAAGUACCAGGCGAUGAUGACGACUAUUCAAUAAAACGUUAUCCUUGGUUAAUAACGGACCAAUUACUUGCUGAUAAGAAGAUACUAAUGCUAAGACAUCCUGAUGGUGUGCAAUUAUACGAAUUACAAGACAAAGGUUUCAAACUUUUAAAAGAAGAUGACAAUUUUAUAAUAUCUAAUUUGAAAUAUAUGUUAUUUGGAAAGUUUUACGGCGAAAAAAAUUCAGUGGGUGUUAUGACCGUGUUGAAUGAUGGAGAAAUAAGAUUUUAUGUCGUAAACAAAGAUAGUUUUAACGAGGACGAAGAUGACCCAUUGCUUCCAUUAGAUUCAGAAGAUAAUAAAAUAGAAUUAUUCAAUAAUUGGCAUUCAAAAACAACACAAUUUUAUGUAGCAAAAUUCCAAAACCAAGAUGUGAUUGCAUUGAAAACAAUAUCUGAUGAAUUAGAAUUCUAUCAAGUAACAACAGAACCGAAAAUCAAACGAUUAUUAAAAACAACACAAAUUAAGGGUCUUAAAGACUCUGAUCGAUUAUUUUUUGUUAAUUUAACAAACCAAAAAUUUCAAGAUAUUGUUACACUGACACAAAACGGUUUACAAGUUUAUCAAUACGACGCAAACAGCGAAGAUUAUAAACUGCUUGGUAAUGACGUUGGAUUUACUUCGGAUCAUGGUUGGACAUCAUUAUUUUCGAAAUCAAUACAUUUUAUGGAUGUAAAUAAUGAUCAAAAAGAUGAAUUAAUAUAUACGGGAAAAGAUGGUUUAACUGUAAUCACGUUUGAUGUAACAAGUCGUAAAUGGAAGGAAUUGAUCAAGCCACUGUCAAUAAAUCGAAUUCAACGUUAUGGUCAAAUGAUACCAAUUUUGAAUCCUAAUGUAGCAAAAAAUCCAAUAGUUUUUACGAAAAGUGCAGAUGGUUCAGUACAAUGGGCCCAAGUAUUACCAGCGGAACCAGUAAUAACUACUUCUACAACCGUUGCUCCAGACAUAACUACUCCACCUUCAAUAACUACCGAAACAAAAUUGCCUGUUCAAUUGCGUAAAGAAUUACGGGAAAAACCAAUUUUACGUCUCGCUGAAUAUAUCGAUGAGGAUUUUAUUAAGAAAGCUAUCGAUAUCGGUAAUGGACAAGUUGAUUUUAAUAUACCUUUGGUGGAUACUGUGGAGUUAAGUGGGAUACCGUUAAAGUUGCCAUUGAAGUAUAACAGUCAAGUGAUAUCAUCUGGUGAAGUUGGGAUUGGUUGGUCCUUUCCCAUUGGAAAAGAUUUUAUUUAUGUUGAUUAUCAAGGAAGUAUCUUUUUAGAAGAUGCAGUUUUUUAUUUAGUCAUAGAAGGGCAAAAGGUACGUUUAGACUUGAAGUCCGAUACGGAUGAUAGCAUUCUAAAAUUUGAGCCUUCACAAGAAAUUGCUGAUGAAGAAAUAACUAUUGAAUAUAUUAAAUCAACGGAAACUUGGAUACUAAAUGGUAAAACUUAUCGGCGUGUUUACGGCAAAGCCAAAACUGAAAAUGCAAAAGAUUGUUUACGAUGGAGUUUAAGUUAUCCAAAUUGGCGUGAUGCCGGAACCAGUGACAAAGGUUUCGAACCAAUUGUUAUUUCAUGGUAUUUAAAUGAACAUAUCGAUAAAAAACGAAAUCGUACCUUAUUCUAUGAUUAUAUGAUUGAUAAUAAACUUUUUGGAGAUAAUUCGUACAGCAGUGCAAUUUUCUUGACAACAAUUCGGAGUGACGCUAACUUUAAAUUAACUUUGAAUUAUGAGAAAAAAACCCAAGAUGAAUAUACAAUAUCAAAUCCGAAAAAUGAUGAUGGAAAAAUUGAAUUUCCGGUAUUGUUAACAGAAGAUCGUUAUCUAACGAAGUACACCAUACAAGCCGAUAAUUAUCAACAAUCUAUUCGAUUUCAAUAUAAAUUAAAUGAUAAGAAACGAUUAUUAACUGCAAUUGAACAAGAAAUCUAUGCAGAAACUGAAUCAAUUUUUAAAUUUAAUUAUGAGAAUGUUUUAAAUACAUUUGUGUUAUCCGAGAUUACGUUGGCACGGGGCUCAGUAAUGCAAUUGAAAUAUAAUUCGAAUUCUGUUUUACCUGAAAUCCCAAGAGAUCGUGAAAAUGUUCGAACGUAUCGAACAAAUAGUGAAAAUAUUAAAUUUAGCUACAGCAAUGAUUAUGCUGUAAUGGCCUACAAUACAGAUUCAUAUGUACAUUUAACAAUAUUAAAUCCUGAACUAACUACACAAAUCGAGUCUUUAACAUGUCCUGGAACCAAAAUUAAAAACUACGAAGUACAUUCCUACAAAAAUUAUAUUUUUGUUUAUGUUUUUAACGAUGAUAUUCAGAAUUUAAAUGUUUUUAAAUAUAAAGAUGAAAAAUGGACGCGAGAUCCAACAAGAUACCAAUUCGAUAAAAAUGUAUCCAUUCAAUUUGGUGAUGUACUAAUUGUUGUAAGUGAUAUUAAAAGGCAAAAGAUACAUUUAUUUGAUACAAAAUCGAAAAAAUGGAAAGGUCCAAAGGUAAUUACUGAUUUACCUUUCAAGGCAUUGGCUGUACACAAAAAAUAUGUGGUCAUGUACGAUGACAAUCAUAUAUGGAUUAUGUACAAUAAAUCGGAUAAAUGGCAUCGGGAAAAAUUAUACCAUUUACCAGGGAGAUUCACUCAGACACAAGAAACCAUAGAAAGAUUUGAUGUAAAGUCCGAUACACAAGAGAAAUUUAUCAAGGAUUUUACAGAAAGUUGUUUUAAAAUCAUGAAAAACAUCAUAAUUCUCAAUGCACUUCAAAUAACUAAUAACGAUCAAUUAACGGCCAAACUGCACCUAUUAACAAUCGAUGCAAAUCUUAAAGUUGCAGAUGUAAAAACUUACGAAUUUAAAAGAGAGCAUAUUCUCGAUUUGUCAUACAAAUUAGAUGACCAAAACAAGACUAGUAAGUUUCAUUUAAAAUACGGCGAGAAUAAUGGAAAAUAUCGUUUAAAGGUGUACGAUUUUUCUGGUGAAAUGAUGGAUGAGUAUAAAAAAGAAUAUAAAAAUAAAAAUAAACUAAAAGAUGCUGUUGACGAACAGAUAAAAAAAUUAAAUGAAGCAAAAGGAUUUCAAAAAGUAUUAUAUGAGCAAUAUCUGGUUAACUGGCAAUCAUUGCUUGUGCAUGCGACAUAUCAAUUCAUUCAGCAUGGUAUUAACGAUACCAUACAAAUGACUGGUACUGGAUGGGAAGAAAAGAAAUUAGAAAAAGAUUUCACAAUUGAUUUAGGCCAAAAGUUUCGAAUAACAAGUGUAGAUGAUGAGAGGAAAAUAUUUACCAUGUACAAAAACGGAAAAGCUGUAAAAGAGUUUAAAUUGUAUAUGGCAGGAUUAAUGGUUAAUCGAUUCCCAAUGUAUUUAGCUUACCAGCCUCGCGAGCACGACGUAAAUAUUAUAGUUUUUAAAGAAAAUGGAAAGGAAAUAGAUCAAGAAAUCAAGUUUAAAAAGGAAGAUUUAAUUAAAGAAAGUAAUUAUCAAAAUUUAAUAACAAGAGCAAACACAACGAUGGUUCAAAAAGAUAUUGAGCCACAUGAAUGUUUAAUUCGACCAAUCGCAACUUUAAUUUCACAGAAAAAACAAUAUUAUGUAAAAGAAUCAAUUUUAAAUCUUGGUGAAUUUGAGCGAAAAACUGCGUAUCGCCAAUCAUAUAAAUUUGAUUCGGAUAAAUCAAUAUAUACACAAACUAUAACGAUGAUUCCAACUGGUAACAAGACUAACGCAGGAUGGUUUGAAAUCAAUUAUUCAAAAAAUGUUCAUAAAGGAACAGUAACAAAAACUCAAUAUUGGUAUAAUUCGAAUGAUAUUAAAGUAGAAGAAUCUGAAGAAGUAAUUCAAGAAGAUCGUCAAGAGAAGCAGAAAAAGGAAAACCCAUCAAAUUCAACGUUGCUAAUGGAUCGAAAUGAGAAACUUGUAAUUUGUGAUUUGCGUCCUUAUAAUUUAGCUGACGAAAUGAUUUCAUAUUAUGGCUUUGAGUCAUAUGAAACAAAUAAACAUUGGAAAUUUAAUCAAAAAAAUGUUGUUGAAAAUUUAAACGCAUUUACUGGUCAAAAUUACUUGGUAAUAAAUAGUGGAUCCCGACUCGAAGGUACACUUAAACCACAAGAUCAGCACAUUACAUAUUUAGUAAGUUGUUGGCUACGAGCAGCAAAUGUGCUUAAAUUAAAUGAAGCAACAUCAAUCCUAAAAAUGAACUUACGAACCAGCGAAGGCGAAAACAUAUUUACAAGUCUUGGGCAAGUUAAACAACAGUCAAAUGACUGGUAUUAUCUUGAGUUAAUUAUUGAUUUUGAGACAAUCAAACGAAUGUACAAAAAUUACAUCGAUUAUUACAAAAAUAAAACUUUACCAGCGUUAAACGAUGUUAAAUUUGAAAUAACGGUCAUUAUAGAAUCUGAUUCCACAAUUGAUUUGGAUCAUAUUCGAUUCUCACCAUUGACACAUGAUUUUGAGGCAAAUGUGUACGAUCCAAAAGUUGGAGUACCAAUUGCCACAAUCCAUGAGACUGGUUUAGUAACACGAUCAAUUUAUAACAAUAUGUAUAAAAAAAUUGCGACCAUUAACCAAGAUGGUGAAAUUGUGGAAUUGAUUAGCUCGAGUGAAACGGGACGUUUAUUUCCUACACCUCAGGGUGUACAAUUUAAAAAUCCUUACCCAAGUUAUCUAACUUUCGUGCCAGAACAAAGCUCGUACGAAACAUUUGCACGUGGUUGGGAAACAAAAACACCAAAAGCUUGGCAUGUUGCAAGUCCUGGACAAUUAUCACAUCUUGAUAAAGAGGAGUCACAUCAACUAAAAGCAGUAAAUCAAAUUGAUACAAAUUCAGUUACUUUACGAUUUUUCAUGGCUUUGCUAGACACAAAUAGUUAUGUUGCAUUAAGUGUGGGUACUUUGGGUCAGUUAAAAUUGACUAAGGAUGGAAAUUUUUCCACAAUGAUUCUACCCAACAAACAUAAAAUUUCAUCGUUGCCUCAAUCUGGAGAAAUAAUUAUUUUGGUCGAAGAAAAUUUUGUUACAGUUUGGUUUGAUGGUGUUUUAAUUGUGGAUGAAUCUUUCGAAAAAGUGUUACCCGCACAAACAUUAGUUUUAGAAGCUCAUGGUGAAAUUUUGAUUGAAGAUUUCAUGAUUUUAAAUCGUCCACAUUUGCAAGUAGAUUAUUUGAAUGAAUUAGGAGAAAAAGUUCAAGAAAUCAAAUAUGAGACCCCACAAUCAGUAUUAGUCACUCAAAUGUUAUACGAUGCCCUGGGUCGAAACGCGAUUACAUCAAAAACAACACGGCUACAACGCCAAAAUAAUCAGAGCCCAUUGUUGAUAUAUCAUAAAAAUUUCGUUACGAAUAUCAAUCCAAAAGAUUCAAACUCUGUUUGGCAUACAAAUCGUUUAGAUGGCAAAAUACACGAAUUAAAUCCGGCGGAUAAAGGCGCUGCAUUUAUUCGCACUGAAUAUUGGGAUAAUCCAUUAAACGAUGAAAAAAAAUUAGGCUUACCUGGUCCAGAGUUUUCAACUAGUGGAGCUUAUGUUACAUCGAUAGCAAAACAUUCUAAUCAUUCUUUUAUGGAUAAUCUGUUUCCGAAAAAAUUGGGUUACACUCAAAAUGUACAAAUUGGUUCGAAUGGUGCUGAAACAGUAACGGUUUAUGAUCAGCAACGAAAUAAAAUUGCAAUUUAUGUGAAUGUACCAGGAUUUGACCAUUUAUUAAGUACCUAUGAAUAUAAUGGCGGCGGUAAAUUGACAAAAAUCCUUCCACCCGUAUAUCAUGAAAAAGUUGGUACUGAACUAAGAACUACCGCGUAUCAACCGGAGAAAUUAACUCCAGAGGAAAAAAAAUGGCAGGAAAUAUUGGCAACUACUUUUACUUAUAAUGAACAUGGACAAGUACUCCGUAAAAAUACGCCGGAUUUUGGCCCUAUUGACAAUUUAUAUGAUUCAAAUAAUAAAUUACGGUUUAUGAUAACCUCAGUAAAAGAAUCCAAUUCGUUAGAAAAACCACAAACUGUAUACUUUGACCACAACAAUCUUGAUCAAUUAAUCGCUACCGGCUACUUCAAUCAAACUUUAGGUAUUGAAGAAUUAAAAAAAUAUACCGAAAGUGCUUUCUUACCAAACACCGAAAAAUUUCAACAAUUGGAUUACAGUGAUUAUCAUCCAGAUCCACAAUUACGUGGCCGAAUAAAACAUUGUAUUACAUACAAUGAUGAUGGUGAAACUAUUUUGGAAAAACUGCGAUUCGAUUCGGACGAACAAAUGGUUGAACGUAAAAUAUUAUCAGUAAUGAAUGAUAUUCAAUUGGACAUUAAAAAACAAUAUAAAAAUGGUAAAAUUCAACGAUUAAGUUAUCCAAAUGUGAAUAAUAAAAGUUUGGAUUUAGAUUUUACCUAUAACCGUUUAGGUCAACUUAUCGAGUUAAAAACACCCAAUUUAUUUACUGCAAAAUUCACUUAUGACUCAACAGGUGAUUUGGCUAGCGAAUCAUUUCAAGCGAGCAUGAAUAGUUUGACACGAAAAUAUAGUUAUAAUUCGCCCGGUUUUCUAAAACAAAUCACUGAUCCAUUCAUGACGGAGACAAUGACUUAUACAGAGAAAGGUUAUGGGCAUGCUGGAUAUGGGGAUGGCAUCAUAAUGGAAACACAUUUCACUAACAAUUGGACGAAGAACGCGGAUAUGCGUUGGUUCCAAAUUAAUGAGAACUCAAUAGCAUCGUUUACAAAUGACUCAAAAUUAUGUUUGAACGCACUCAAAAAGUAUGGAUACCUCGACAAUCAGAAUAAGCCAAUUAAAUUAUAUAUAAUCGAUGCCGAACCAUCAAUGCCCCUCUUAUGUGGAAUGGGUAAAAUUGCUGACAUAUUAUCAACAGUAAUUGCGCAAAAUUAUGUGCCCCAAACUUAUGGCUAUAAGUUUUCUUAUGGCAAUCAUCAGGAAUUAAUAAAAGCAAAAUAUUAUACAGAUGAAAUUUCAAAAUUAAUUGACCCACUGCAAAUUGAUAGUUUUGCCAAAUUUAUACCUGAAAUAUCAAUAGAACAAUCUGAAAAAAUUUGGGAAUUAUUAACAGAAGCAAAGUAUAUUUUAAAGGAUCAACCCCGACACCAUUCUAAAACUGCAAUUGGCAAACGAGGCAAAAGUUUCUUCAGAGAUGAAGAAUUGAAAUCGGACCUUAAGAGUUUAAAUGAAAAUUAUAUGCUUUAUUUGGAAUCAAUUAAGCAAUUUAUUAUUAAGCAUCAAUUUGAUCAGGAAAAUGCUAAUGUUGAUGACUUUACCGAAGCAUUGUUGAGAUGGGAGGGAGCAGAAAAGUCCUCGUUGCUCAUUUAUAAUAGGUAUAAAGACAUUGGGAAUGAAAUAGGGAAAAUGUUAAAAAAUAAGGAAUACUUUAGCACGAAAUCUAUAGAUAAUAAUUUUGUACAAAUUUUAAAUCAGUUUAAAAAAUUCAUUCCAAAAAUUGUUUCAAUAUUAUGGGACCACUUUACAUAUGGACUGGGUAAAAUUCCUUUCGACCACGAAUCAUAUGAAAUAGAUGGAAACGGAAACCAUAAAUUUUUCGUUUCAAAUUUUGAUAAAUAUAAAAUUAAUUACCAAAACCAUACAAAUAAAAUCAAUAAAAUUGAGAUUUCCAAAAUACCUUAUGAGAUCGAACACGAUGCAAAUGGAAAUAUCAUCAAAGCGAAGCAUAAAGGUAUCGAAAGUAUUAAAUAUCAUCCAGUUACACAACGAGCAACGCGCAUUCAAAUGACCAAUGGACUUACCUUACGCUUUUAUUAUGAUGCGGCGGGUGAACGAAUUCUUAAAAAAGUUUUCAAUGCAGACGGAAAAUUACAAUACGAAGUACGAUAUGUUCGAGAUACUGAAGGCCGAGUUCUCAUUGACCAACGGAAAAAGUAUUUGGGACAAUCAACAGAAGAAACUUUAACAUAUUAUUUUUAUGGACCAAAAGGUUUAGUUGGAUAUAUUCGUGAUGACAACUAUUAUCAUGUACUUACCGACCAUGCUGGAUCAAUACGACUUAUUAUCAGAGCUAUUGAUAAUGAAGUUAUUACGGCCUUUGAUUAUCUUCCAUAUGGUAAAUUAAUGCGAGCAUUUGGAGAUAAAAGUUUUAUUUAUCGAUAUACAGGACAAGAGUGGGACGAAGAAACUGGUUUAUAUAAUUAUCAUGCUCGAUUAUAUGAUCCGAGUAUUGGGCGCUUUUAUCAACCCGAUCCAAAAUCUCAAUAUUUUAGUCCAUAUGUGUAUGCGGGUAAUUCACCAAUAUCCACUAUUGACCCCGAUGGUGAAUUUGCAUUGUUAAUUACAUGCAUUGUUCUGGGUAUAAUUGGCGCGUAUUUAGGUGCGGCAAAAUUGAAUAAUCGAUGGAAUCCAGCAGACUGGGAUUGGAAGGAUUUGAGUACAUAUAAAGGUUUAGGUAUUGGUUUUAUAGUUGGUUUUACGUUACCAGCUACUUUUAAGGGUUCUUGGGCGGUAUUUGGGGGUUUACUUGCAAGUAAGAUUGGUUCUUUGGCUUUAGGAAUUUCAAUACAUAUAGCUUUGGCACUCACUGGUUCUUAUAUUAUGAUGGCUGUUGAAAACGGUGGAAAUUUUAAUCCUAAAAAAUGGGAUUGGAGUAAGCCAGCCACAUACGCUGGUAUGCUUGAUGGAGUCGGACUUUUACUUGGAUUGUUUGGUGGUGUUGGUAGCUUGCACAAGUAUGCUGGUGAAAAACUGAUAAACCUUGGUGGUCGUUUGACUAAAACCCAAUUUUUAAUACUCAGUUAUGCCUCAGCAAUUGGCGUGGCAUAUGCUCAUGGUGUAAUUGCAAACGACUAUAAGUAUGCAUUUUGGGAAUGGGAUUGGAAAAAUGCAAAUACCUACCUAUCCUUAAUUAAUGGAUUUAGCUUUGGUUCAGGAAUACCACAAAAUUUUAAUAACAUGCAUCGAGGCUUUUUGAAGUGGAGAGAAAGCAGUAAAAGCCUUACGCAACUGUCUUCAUCUAAAGGACAAAUGAUAAAAGCAAUUUUAAAAAACCCUAAACAUCCAUUAUAUAAAGUUACUGCAUCUGUUGUCUUUGGUUACUAUAGGGCUGCUGCAGCUAAUGGUAAUAAUUUUGAUUUUACGAAAUGGCGUUUUGAUACAUUUGCAACAUACGAAGGUAUACUCAAAGGUAUUUUCGAAGGCAAAAAAAGAAUGGUUCAGGUAGACCAAGCCAAAACAGCCAUAAGGGAGUUUAUAUAUAAAGAUUCAUAUGAUUUAGAGCAUUCAUCACCAAAUAAAACAAUUAAUAAAUACUUUGAUAAGAAUAUGCGGCGUGUUUUCGAUAACAUUGAGAAAAACAUAGAAACUUUUAAAUUUGUCGAUAUUGUUAAGAAGAAUUUUGAAAAUCCUGAUAAAGAAUUAAUUGGUAAAUUGUCAGAUGCAGUAAGACAAGAUGUUGAAAAGUUUUUGGAACAAGGAUAUGCAAAGUGGACGAAUGGUGAAUCCAAGAUGCCCAAACAAUUUGAAGAAAAAUUGCGAGAACAAGUUAAUAAGCAAUUUCUUCUGAGAGCUUUGAAAGAUUUGCAGAAAGAAGCAGACGCCAUUGAUCGGCAACAACAACAAAUAAUUACUGAUCGCCUUCUUGAUUUUUUGAGUUGUCGUAGAGAAUCAGUUACUCAGGAUAAGAUAGUUAGUAUUGUAUGUCUUCCAUCUACUACGCUAAGGGCUGGUAUUAAUGAAAAAAUUAAUAAAAUGAAUGCUUCAUUUGAGACAAAUCUAGAUUCAAAUCGUAUACAUCCACGAAUUGAUCGAUCUGUACCUGAUGCACAGACGGAUACAGCGGAAUUCCUUCCACAAUAUGUAAGAUCAAAAGGUACUCGUUUAGAAUUUUGGCCUCUUAAUUUAGCCAAAAAAGCAGGUACUGUAGCUGUUUCCCUGUUGGCUAGUUGGACCAAUUACGAUAAUAAACCUUCUGAAAAUCCAACAUUGCUUGAAAUGGGUGACAAUUGGGUACAGAAUGCAGAUACAAACGGACUUUUAACAUGGGGUAUAUAUUUUGCAAAUAAAUUGACUGGAUAUCGACCAAAACCAAUUCCACUGGAUCAGUUUGAUGAAAUGGCAAAUACUGAACUUCAAAUUCGAUCUACAAUCAUUGUGGAUCGUUUCAUGGAUACUUUACUAGAAUUUGUUGCAGAAACAAAUAAUUCCAAAACACAUGAAAUGUUUGAAAAUACUGUUACAUAUUGUGAGGCAAUUAAGAAUGUGCGCCAAAAACUAUCUGUGGGAGAUAUUCAAGGAAUACCAGACAUGUUGUUUAAAUUAUUGGUUAAAAACAAUGUGAAGAAAUUUAUGAACGUUGAAUUAUUCUCUAAAAUGACAAACGAUAACACAAUGUCCGAAUUCUUAGAAUUUAUUAAUCAACAGGAACAUGAAUGGCUUUCACGAAAACAAUCACCUGCCAAAUUAUCUGAUUUUAAUAAUAAAUAUCAACGCCCUCAGCAAGUUCCUCAACAUUGUUUCUUGCCAAAAAAUUUCCCAAAUGUCGAAUGUCCAAAUUCUUUAUUCAUUGACCAAGUCAUUGAUAAUUAGUAUACGUUUAAGUGUUCAAUUAGUUGAACACUUUUCUUCUACUCGGAGAUCUGUGGUCUAGUAUACUAUUUUGAUUUUACCAAAACACAUUAUACCGUCACAAAAUCCCAUGCUUUACAGGAUAGUGAAUAGUCGGUAACUUCAGUAAAGUCGGUUAAAAAUAUCACAAUUCGGAUGGAUUCGUUAUACUUCGGUUAUCUCCGUAGCUUCCAACCGCCAUAAAAAUUAUACAUAAAUAUUCAGAUACACUGUAUUUUCAAUACCGUAAUUAUUGUACUAAUAUUUUUUAAGUAAACGUACUAAUAUGUUCUAAGUAGAUAAAUAAAGGCUAUGUGAUAAUU